GCGGACGCUGGUUGGCGGACGCUGGUUGGUGGGCGGGGCGCUGCGGCGGGCCGUGAGGAAGCGGCAGGGGGGGCUCCGCGCCGCACCGAGCAGCUUUGCGCCUCCUUGGCGAGCCCGGCCAUGGCGUACGGUGGCCUGACGGUGCCCAUCAUCGUCAUGAGCGUUUUCUGGGGGGUGGUCGGCGGCGUCCUGCCGUGGCUCGUGCCGAAGGGGCCCAACCGCGGUGUUAUCAACACAAUGCUGGUGACAUGUGCUGUUUGUUGCUACCUGUUUUGGCUGAUUGCGAUUCUGGCUCAACUCAACCCUCUCUUUGGGCCGCAGUUAAGCAAUGAAACAAUCUGGUAUCUUAAAUAUCACUGGCCUUAAGGAUGUCUGUCCUCUGCUGCAAUUUAUUGAUUAGGUAAAGAAGAGAUUUCUUCCAGAUGAAAAACUCCACUGACCCAAAGAUGCCCUUAACAUAGCUGGUUGGAUACCAAGCCUGCUUUAAUGCCUUAAUGUUUGUAUUGUGCUUCAAAAUGGCUUGUUCAAAGCCCUAUAUUUUUUUUUCCUAUUUUCCUACUAUAACAUUUAACGCUGUGCCUAAUCCAAUUUAUAACUCCUCUUCUGGUCUGUAAAUUUUUGUCUAUUAAUGAACUUCCAGCAAGAUGUAAAUUUCUAAGUUUUUAUGGAUACGUGGAGUCAUCUUUGUUCACUUUCCAUGCUCUAUAUGAGCGCUAUGGAUCGUAGAGAUCCUAGGUUGUCUGUUGCUGGGCUGUUCACCCCUGUUCUGUUUGACUGCACUUGAAAAAAAAUGUGUGCAAUGAAACUGUAUGAGGAGAGGAGAAAUGAUGCUGCCACAUGUUGAUGGCAUUUGUUUUUUAAAAUGAGUUGUAUCCUUCGGAAAUUUGGUCUUAAAUUUCUCAUACCUGGAAAUAAAACUGAUCCUCCACUUUA